AUAUGUCGCAAGAGCGAUUACACAGUCAUGGUCUCAUGGGGAAUAGGAACUUGUUAAGGUGAGAAAUUUCGCUGCCUACACUGGUGCUCAAUAUGGAAAUUAUGACAUGAGUGUACCUGAAGGCAUACCCCUUGCAUUAGAUUAAUUACUCUGCAUCAAACCAGUGAUGUACUGUCAAUGAGUAGCAUCGAGGUAAUGGUAUUCUCACCUGCCCUCGUAGAAUAGUAUCCGGGGGGAGACGGGGGUGUUUUGGGUGGGCGUAUACCUAAGUGUCCAUGUCCAGGGUAGUGUAAGCUGCACCUAGGCGCCGAUUCCGCCAUCAGCUAACAUGGCGCAGGCGUCAAUGUAUGCAAAGGGGUGGCAAGGCCAAAUUCGUGGCUAUGAACUUCGCGGGGUUGUUCUAGGGACGUGGGUCUAUAUCGCAGACGAGAAGAGCUCCUUCAGACCCUCUAGGACCGGGGCCAGGACAAAGAGCCGGCGCGAAGGAAGUAUGCUAGGAUGUGUGUGCGCGAUAAAACCACACGAGAAGUAGCGUAGAUCGAUAUGAAGGCUUAUAAUUUUCUCAUCUUCUUCAUAUCUUGUAAGCUAAGCAGGCUUUCACUUGGAUUCUUGACAUGAUCACUUCUGGGAUUCUUUGAUCAAAGAAACGCAACAAUGACACACUCCAACAAGAGUGCACCCGUCCCACAGGAGAAGGAGAAUACACGAAAUGCAUUUGCGAGACAGUAUGGUGGCAUUCACAGUGGCACUUGGGUCGAUCUCUUCCCAUCAUCCUGCAUCCCCUACAUACAACUAUCACGUCUCAGCCCUCCGGUAGCCUUCUUUCUCAUCUAUCUACCUCACCUCUUCGGUGUGGCUCACGCCGCAAAAGUUCACAAUACGCCUAUCGAAGAGGUAAUUCGCACGAGCGUCAUUCUUUUAGGCGGUAGUUUCUUCUGCAACAAUGCCAGCCACGCUUGGAAUGACCUCAUCGACGCAUCCAUAGACAAAGUGAUCCCUAGAACACAAAAUCGUCCAAUUCCCCGCGGCGCAAUUAGUCCCAGGGCCGCUCUCGUAUUCACAGGUUUUCAGGUUCUUGGAGCUGUAUCUUUCCUACUGGUGCUGCCGGCCUCGGCUGUCAAAGCAUCUAUUCCAACAAUUCUCAUCACAACAUACUAUCCAUUCGCGAAGAGGCACACUCAUCUCGCCCAGUUUUGUCUAUUCUUGGCCGCCGUUGUCUGGGUAGUAAUCUUUGACACAGUCUACGCACACCAAGACUUGCCAGCCGACCUUGAAGUUGGGGUGAAAAGCAUGGCAGUCCUGAUCAAGGGCCGGGCGAAGCUUGUGCUAUGGCUAUUCUGGGCAUGCUUGGGAGGAUUCCUAGGCUGCAGUGGGUAUUUUGGAGGGAUGGGACUUCGGUACUAUGCCAUUUCAAUGGGUGGAUGUAUAGCGCUGAGUGGAAUCGUGAUCCUACGUGUGGACCUGGAAGACCCAAGAAGCUGUUGGAAAUGGUUUUCAUCAGGUUUCUGGCUUACGGGGACAUCUAUCGCGGCAGGCAUGUUAGCCGAAUACCUUGCAGAGUUGUACUAUGCAGCACGAGUGUAACCAUGAAUGUCUAGCUGAUAGAUACAACAAGAAGGUGGUCCGGAUCAAUUGCGGUACGGUCAUGUAGAGCCUCGAUGCAUAUAACACUUUUUGUGAAAUGAUAAAUAUAGUUUUGACUAUGUGUAGGGAUCUCGCGCUGAUGAUAGUAAAUAUGCGGUUACGCGAUUGGACUGUAACCAUCCCAAGGCUACGUAUGAACCCGCAAGCCAACAUAUUGUUAGAUGCCACACAAAGCAUCAGCAUCGGCCCGAUAUUACAUACUUACAUCCUAUU